CUCUCUAGGUGUGUUUUUCCAAGAUGGCGGACGCCGAGGUGUCCCUCUCCCCCGCCCACUCUGCUAUAAGCCCCGCCCUGGCUGCCCCCCCUCCCCCCCCUGGCGCCUCCUCCCCCACCACUUUCUCCUGCCCCUCCUCCCCCUCCAGCGCCUCCUCUUCCUCCUCCUCUUCAUCCUCCUCCUGUUGUUCUGAGAGCUCUUCUGACUGCCCUCACCACCAUCAUCAUCAUCACCUUCAUCACUCGCAGCGCCCCAAACUGCAGCCGCCUCCCCCCCCCCACAGCGAGCAGCCCUCCUCCCCCAGUGCUAGCCCACGUAGCUCCUCUCCUAGCGGUAGCAUCGGUAGCACAGGUAGCAUUGGGAGCAGCAGCGAGUCGUCCAGAGGACAAACUCCUCCGUUGGACAUCAUCUCUGAGGACCACAUGGAGAUGGACCUGAGGGCGGACCAGGUGAUCGACCCUGAAGUGGCUCUGAAGGCGUGCCAGGAGGUGCUGCUCCAAGUGAAGCUGCAGAACAGAGAGCUGUGUGAGCAGCAACACGUGGACAACAAACGGGAACAACAACAACAACAACAACAACAGGACGAUCAUCAACAACAACAACAGGACGAUCAGCAACAACAACAACAGGACGAUCAUCAACAACAACAACAGGACGAUCAGCAACAACAACAACAGGACGAUCAUCAACAACAACAACAGGACGAUCAUCAACAGCAACAACAACAACAGCAACUGGAUGAUCAAAAACGACGACAACAACAACAGGGCGAUCAUCAACAACAACAACAACAGGACGAUCAUCAACAGCAACAACAACAGGAAGAUCAUCAUCAACAACAGGACGAUCAUCAGCAGCAGCAACAACAACAACAACAGCAACUAGAUGAUCAAAAACGACAGCAACCACAACAACAGGGCGAUCAACAACAACAACAACAAACGGAGAUCUCUGGUCCUCAGUGGGUCAUCAGCCCGGACACCAGCUCCAUCAAGGAGGAAGACGAGGAGGAAGUAGAAGAAGGUAGUUCUGUGAAAGAUGAAGUAAAACAAAAUGGCGUUUCUUCCCAGCGAGACGCUCCUCCUCCUUCCUCUUCUUCAUCCUCUCGACCUGAGUCUUCCUCGCUGCUCGCUACCCCCUCUUCCUCCAAACAGUCGUGGCUGCUCCGCCUGUUCGAGUCCAAGCUGUUUGACGUCUCCAUGGCGAUCUCCUACCUGUAUAAAUCCAAAGAGCCGGGGGUGCAGGCGUACAUCGGGAACCGUCUGUUCAGCUUCACCGACAGCGAGGUGGACUUCUACCUCCCUCAGCUACUCAACAUGUACGUGCACAUGGACACGGAGGUGGGGGACGCCAUCAGCCCCUACCUGAUCCACCGCUGUCGAGGAGGCAUCACCUUCUCCCUGCUGACGGCCUGGCUGCUGGGAGCGUAUUCCUCUGACAUGCACAUCUCCACCCAGCGUCACUCCAGAGGAAACAAGCUGCGGAAACUCAUCCUGUCCGACGAGCUGAAGCCCUCUAACCCUCCAGCUGAUCCUCACCGCGGGGGGUCUGUCUCCGGCAGCCCCUCUCCGUCUCAUCGCCGCUGCCACCGCCGCCACAACAGCAACAACAACGUGGACUCAGCGUCUCCGUUUCCCCCCCCAGAGAGUCCCGUUCUGGGGGAGGGCGAGGUGAUCGUCUCCCCCUCCAGGAAGACCCACCAGAGGUCAAAGUCUGAUGUGAACACAGCCAGCAGUGGGUUUGGAUCCGGCCUCAGGAGGACAGGAAGUAACCCCAGAGUGGAGGCCGUGCCGGAGGAGCUGGAGCGUCUUCGGCCUCAGAGAGAACUGGUGAAGUCUCUGCUGGGCAUCGGGAGGCGUUUGGCGACGCUGCCGACCAAAGAGCAGAAGACUCAGCGUCUGAUCUCUGAACUCUCGCUGCUGAACCACAAGCUGCCCGCUCGAGUCUGGAUGCCCACGGCUGAGAACCAGCAUCACGUCGUCAGGAUCCCAAACACCCAGGCUGUGGUGCUCAACUCCAAGGACAAGGCUCCCUACCUCAUCUACGUGGAGGUUCUGGAGUGCCAGAGCUAUGAAACGUCUCCGGUUCCGACCCGGAUCCCAGAGACCAGGAUCCGCUCGGCUCGAUCCGCGGAGAGCCUGGACUGCGGCGUCUCCGCGGCUAAUGCUAAUUCUAACCUCAGCACGAUGACAUCAGAGCAUCGAGCCGGAAGCUUCUCUACCGUCCCGAACUACGACAACGACGACGAGGCCUGGGCGACCGACGACAUCGGGCAGCUGCAGGUGGAGGUGGAGGCUCAGACCAGCAGCUCUGAUAACAUCAGUCAGUUUUCAGUGGACAGCAUCACGAGUCUGGAGAGCCGAGAGCCGGUGUUCAUCGCCGCCGGAGACAUCAGGCGGCGCCUCUCGGAGAACCUCGCCCAGACGCCCACUUCGUUCCGCAGAGAUCCUGAGGAUCCGUCUGCCGUCGCCCUGAAGGAACCCUGGGAGGAGAAAGUCAGUAGGAUCAGGGAGGGCUCUCCCUACGGUCACCUGCUGAACUGGAGGCUGCUCUCAGUGAUCGUGAAGUGUGGAGACGACCUGAGGCAGGAGCUGCUGGCCUAUCAGGUGCUGCGGCAGCUGCAGAGCAUCUGGCAGCAGGAGAGGGUUCCUCUGUGGAUCAAACCCUAUAAGAUCAUGGUGAUGUCAUCAGACAGCGGCAUGAUCGAACCGGUGCUCAACGCCGUGUCCCUGCACCAGGUGCGUAAGCAGAGCCAGCUGUCCCUGAUGGAUUACUUCCUGCAGGAACAUGGCAGCUUCACGACUGAAGAGUUCCUGUCGGCUCAGAGGAACUUCGUCCAGAGCGUCGCCGGAUAUUCACUGAUCUGCUACCUGCUGCAGGUCAAAGACAG